CUCAUUUUAUGGCACGAUAAUAAACGAGUCGAUGCUGACGGCUUCUUCGCGCUCCUCCGGUUUUACGUCUGUAUACUAGCGUCUUAACAGGACCCUUGGUUUUGUUGGUCUGUUUCCUCCCCGCUUUCAGUGUGCGUGUAAGUGACUGGAUCUGUAUUCUGCACCGGCUGUGUCCCGGUUCCGAUCCGGUCUCGCACAGCCUGCGAGUUUGCAUUUUGCAUUUUGGAAUUUUCUCCCUCCGACUCGCUGCCUUGGUGACCUGCCUGUCUCUGUGGGGUUUAUUUUGUGCUAUAGGAUGUCGGGAGCGGCGGCCGGAGGGGCGUCUUUCUCCACAGGGACAGCUGCUCCGAGCGCUGGCACAGCCGCCGGGGCAGGGGUUGCAGGCAGGUUGCCUUGCCGGGUUUUGGAGCAUGUGUUCUCCUACCUGGAGCUGCGGGACCUGCUCCGCUGCGCAUUGGUGUGCAGACACUGGCACCGAUGCCUCAGCGCCGACGAGAACAGCGAGGUCUAUCGGAGCCUGUGCGUCCGCACGCUGGGGGAAGAGGCGCUGCGCUCGGAUAUUCUCUGCAACCUGCCCACCUACAAAGGAAAGCUGAGAGCGUUCCAGCAUGCCUUGAGUUCCCACGACUGCUCUCGCAAUGUCUAUGUGAAGAAGAACGGCUUCACUCUGCACCGCAACCCCAUUGCCCAGAGCACAGAUGGUGCCCGUGGCAAGAUCGGCUUCUCCGAGGGUCGCCACGCAUGGGAGAUCUGGUGGGAGGGGCCGCUGGGCACAGUGGCCGUCAUUGGCAUCGCCACCAAGCGAGCGUCCAUGCAGUGCCAAGGCUACGUGGCCCUCCUCGGCAGCGAUGACCAGAGCUGGGGCUGGAACCUGGUGGACAACAAUCUGCUACACAACGGAGAGGUCAACGGCAACUUCCCACAAUGCAACAAUGCACCCAAGUAUCAGAUUGGAGAGCGGAUACGGGUUAUUCUAGACAUGGAGGACAAGACCCUGGCCUUUGAGCGCGGAUUUGAGUUCCUGGGGGUGGCCUUCCGAGGGCUGCCCAAGACCUGCCUGUACCCGGCAGUCUCAGCUGUGUAUGGCAACACAGAAGUUACAAUGGUGUACCUGGGAAAGCCUCUGGAUGGCUGAUGUCUGCUUCGGUGCUGAGCUGGCAGAGGAAGAGUGCCAAGAAGACAUUGUUUCUGGGGACACAAAAGGUUUUCCUGCCAUUCUGGGAUGGAAGUGCAGGCCAACCCUUGUGCAGAACAGGGUCAGGGACAAGGGUAUCUGAGACUGGGGGCAUCGAUCCAUGCGUCUCAACUGUGGACAUUUUAAUUUGUCAGCUGCUGGACAAUUUUAACUUAAAAGUGGAGACUUUUUUAUCCUUAAUGGAUGUUUUAUUUGAAGCAAAAGGCCAAAUAGGAAUUGUGACAAAAAUGCACAAUAUCAGGAAAAAGAAAGGUUUACAUAUGCUGUGUAAUAUGAAACACUGAUGAAGAAUAUGAUGAUUUACAAAUGACUGCUUCUGCAAUGUGACAUGUGAAACUGCAAAAACAAGUGUCAGUGCCUGUAGAAAGUCUACACAAAGUAACACAUUUUGUGGCCGAAAGGGCUGAAAUCAAGACAUGUUAAAUCAGAAUUUAUUUUACCGUAUUUAUUUAUUUUACAAUGUGUGUUUACACAUUGUAACGCACAACGUCCAAGUGAAAUAUGAAUGCACGGGCAUUCUGAAAAGUAAUUAAAAAAUGAACACCUAGGAAAACAGGUUGGGUAAGUGUACACAUCCCUUAAGUCAGUACUUGGUGAAAGCACUUUUUACUUGAUUUUCAGACUUAAUUCUGUUUGGAUAGGUCUGUAGUAAACAUACAACGCAGCACAAUUAGACUGGGCAGUGUUUGCCCAUUCCUCCCUACAGAACUGUUUAAGCUCAGUCAAAUUGUGACCUAGGUGACCGAUGAUGGACUGCAACCUUCAAGUCGUUCCAGAGAUUGACAGUUGGAUCGAGGAUCAGGGCUCUGCCUGGGCAACUCUGGGACGUUUACCUUUGUGGUCUUUAGCAGCUUCACUGUUGAAUUAGUCUGUGUGCUUUGGGCCACUGGCACAAUGAAAGGGUAACUUCCAUCCCUGUUUCAGCUUCCUUGCAGGAGGCAGUAGGUUUUCCACAAGGACUCUUCUGUGCUUCAUUUCCCCUUCCUUCCUCACAAAUGCCUCUGUCCCUGUCGAUAUGGCAAACACGACAGUAACAUGAUGCUGCUACUGCCAUUCUUCACAGUAGGGCUGGUUUUCUUUGGGUGACGUGCUAUGUUGGGUUUUGUGCCAAACGUGUUACUUUGCAUUUGGGCCAGAAAGUUCCAUUUUAGUUUUGUCUAGCCACACAACAUUUUGCCACAUGUUUGAAAUAUGACUUUAAUGCUUUGUUGCUGUUUUUGCCAGCAAUGGCUUCGUUCUUGUGCUUCAGUGAUACAUGCCAGAUCUGUGGACUGUUUGGUACAUUGUUGUCACAUACACGCUUUGACCACUCUUGGCCAUAAAAGCCUGUAGCUCAUUCAAAGUUGCCAUUAGCCUCUUGGUAGGGUCUCUGAUUACUCUCCCUCUUGUUUGGUCAUUCAAUUUGCUGGGAUGGCCUGAUCUAGGCAGGGUCUUAGUGGUGCCAUACACCUUCUGUUUCUUAAUAAUCAUCUUCUUUGUUCUCCUGGUAUAGUUAAGGUCUUUGAAUCUUUUUAUAUCCAUUGCCUGAUCUGUUCCUUUGCACCAUCUUGGAUUUAUUUUGAUAGCUCCUUGUUGUCCGUAUUUGAGUCUGCUUUCUGCACUUCCCAGCGAAGGAGACCUACAGGAACAAAAAUCAUCAGCAAGCUGAAGGCUCAGUAGUUUGUUGUUAUUUACAAUUGCUGUUAGAAAGGGGUGUGUACACUUAUCCAACCCAUUUUUCUAGGUUUUCAUUCGUACUUUUCGAAAUGUUUGAGCAUAUGUUUUUCAUUUUGAGGCUCUAUGUUACAAUGUCUUAAAUAAAGGUAAAAUACAUUCUGAUUUAAUAGGUCUUAAUUUCAGGCCAAAAAAUGUUACUUUGGAAAGGAUAUGCAGACUUUCUACGGGCACUGUAUGCCAAUUUUCCAAUAGACAGCUCUCAAGUUAAACCUCCACAAGGCUGAGCUCUAAAAUCCAGUUUUCCAGGAUCUCUUCCUGCGUGCGGGGUUUAAUUUGGCCAGGAACAGGAAAACCUGUUCUCUUUGACUUUAAUGCAUCUUGAAUUUUAUUUAUUAGGUUUUAUUCCUACUGUCGGUGAACAUAUGAGCCUUUGAAUAAAGUGUAAAAGGAUCCAGUCUGUUGGAUAA